CACAUCGUCCUUCAACAGCUUCUCUUCUACAGAAGUCAUCAAUGUAUGUGAUGAUGUAUCUUCAGCUCCUCUUCCUCAGUGGUUUGUUGUGUGCCUCUUUGCCUCCACCAGUGUUUUCCAACAGAGUUGAAACAGACGAAAUUGACUGGAAGAAGCGAUCAUCCAUUCGUGAUGUGGAAGACUUGAAAGUCAUCUACGACUUAACCAGUGUGGAAAACCUUUCCAUCAGUCCUGACUCUGAUUCCUCCCAGACUGUUGAUGACACCAUGUUUCAUGACAUCAUCAAUCAGCUGACCCUGGAUCUGUGACAUCAUUAGCUGGAAUCGGAAUCUCAGUCGAUUCUUCACUGACCAGAUAAAGACUAACUUUGUUAUUCUGGUUCAGCUGUUUGGGUGUUUAUAAUCACAUUAUUGAUUAUGCUUCAUUGAUUGGUUUUGUUUUACAUGUGAUGUUUGAGUGAUGAAAACAUUUAA